AUGGCUAUCCCUAAUCUCAUAGCCACAUGCACCACCGACAGAUUCUUCUACUUCUGCUUUUCCAAACCAAACCACUUUUUGGCUCGUCGUUUGCCACAGACGACUCAGAGUGACAGAUCAGUCCAAAUUUCUUGUUGUAAUCGUGAGAUGUCGUUAAAAGCUGUGAAACCAGUUACUAUUCCGGAAAUCAGUGACGGUAUUGGAAUCGUCCAUUUCUUGAAAGGGAAGAGUUAUUUCGUUACAGGUGCAACCGGGUUUCUUGGCAAAGUACUGAUUGAGAAACUGUUGAGGGCAAGUCCUGAGAUUGGGAAGAUUUUUAUUCUGGUGAAAUCCAAGAAUCAAGAAUCAGCCAACAAAAGACUCUAUGAUGAGAUCAUCAGCUCGGACCUGUUCAAGGUUCUGAAGCAAAUGCAUGGGAGAUCUUAUGAAGCUUUCAUGAAGAGCAAGUUGGUUCCAAUAAUUGGAGACAUCGGAGAGGAGAAUCUAGGGAUGAAUUCUGAAGCAGCAGACAAGAUUAGUGAGGAGAUUGAUGUCAUUAUAAAUUGUGCUGGCCGUACAACGUUUGACGACAGGUGUGUUUUUCUUCUUGCUCCUCUACCUUUGUUGAUCAGCCGGUUUAUAUUGGUCUAG